CGAUAUGAAGUUCACAACGCUGCACAGCGUGGACACUGUGUACUCCGCCGAUUCAGUAGAAUGGUGCACUGUAGAUGAGAAGCAUAGUGUCUACUUUGUUUGUGGCACUUAUCAACUAGUGGAGUCUACAGAGACGAAUGACCCAGCACAGAAACAACAACCACGUAAGGGGCGUGUGUAUCUCUAUGCCUUCGAUCACGACAACGGUGCUCUGGACAGGCUGCAGACUGUUGAAACCGCUGCAAUAUUGGACAUGAAAUGGCUGCCAGCGUGGUGCGUUGACAGCGUACCUCAGUUAGUCACAGUGAGUGCUUUAGGAGAGAUUGAAAUAUACGAGCUGCUGGACGAGGAGCGACGGCUACAGAAGCGGAAUUCUCUCACACUAGAACAUGAAGGCGUACUUGCAUUAGCUUUAGACUGGAGGCGCUGUCCGGACAACGAGCAUACUCUGCAGCUGCUUGUCUCGGACUCGCUGGGUCAAAUUAAUUUACUGGAGUACACAAGCCAAGGCGACUUGAGCAAGCUGCACACAUGGCAGGCGCAUGGCUUUGAGGCAUGGACAUGCGCCUUUGAUCGCUGGUCACCGAGCCGUAUGUAUAGUGGGGGCGACGAUGGUCUUUUGCAUGCCUAUGACUUGCGGUCGGAGCAGGAAGAGCGUGUCUGGACAAACCGGGCACAUGGAGCCGGCGUCACCUGCCUACUGAGUCAUCCGCAGCAUGAGAACCAGUUGUUGACGGGCAGCUACGACGAGCAGCUAAGAUUGUUCGACACGCGCAACAUGAAACGUACUCUUGCCGAGUUAAAUCUUAAUGGGGGCAUUUGGCGUCUCAAGCCGCAUCCGCAACAAAAGGAUUUAAUACUAGCUGCUUGCAUGUACACAAAUUUCAGUGUAGUGGGCUUAGAGUCAGCCGAGUCUGGUUGUGCGCUUAAUCUACUGGGUACCUAUGAGGAGCACUCGAGUAUUUGUUAUGGCGCUGAUUGGGCGCCAAUUUUGAAUACAAGAACAGACGAAGGAGGUCAGCAACUACUAUAUAUGGCCACCUGCUCCUUUUAUGACCACAAGCUGUGCUUGAGUAGCGUGGAAACAAAGUAG